AUGACUUGGUGGCGCCACGAUUCUUCACUCUGGUCACGCUCUCCUAUCAACCGCUACGCCCAGCGGAUCCUCCGUGACAACGAAGCCGCCCUUCGUACGCGUGGCUUCUCGCGCACGCUUCCCAAGUCUGCUCAUCAUGAGGAACCCUCCACUGAUAAGAAAUGUCCAGAGGGCAUGUCCAAUUCUGAGUGGAGACAGUUACAACAGUACAAACUAUGGCGUAAACGACUGCAAGAAGACCCAUAUAAAGCAUUGUUUGGUGCGAGUGAAGAUAUGCUCAGUGGAAAGGGUCUGAAAGACUGGGAUUGGGUAUACAAGAGCUUCCCAAAAUGGAUGUUGAACGACGUUGAUGUGGAUAAUGUCGUGAGGAAGGAGAGUGCCAUCAAAAGAGAUGGGCAUGCUUGCGACUAUGGGAACAGAGCAAAGUUGAACCAGGAGCCAAUAAUGCAAGCCGGCAACACGCGAAAGCCUGUCGUUGAAACAAGGGCCAAUAUUUCUCGGACAAGAGGAGCACAUUUCCCAGAACCAUGUAUCAGGACAACUCAUUAUGAGCGAGAUGACUUUGGGAUUGUCUCUCCAUCUGACUUAAGAAGACCACGUGAACAAUCGCACGUAACCGUCGCUGGUAACGUCACAAACAAUGUUCCAGCACAUGAGUUUGAGACGACGGCUACUAAGAAUGCUCCAUAUGGGUUAGCUUCGUCCCAAUCAGCCCCAUCCGCAUCGACAGAGACCCACAAGAGGCCCGGCAUCUCGUCGAUGAACAAUGAGCAAAUGAAGCAGUCAAACCUGGCUGUCUUGAGAGACGAAGCAGCCGCUCGAGAAUCAACGUUCAUUGAUGAGUUUCUCUCGAUGAAAUCGGAGCAACCAGAGGCUGUUUCUAGCGACGAGGCAAGUACCAAAUCAUGGAGACAAACUACGUUGCAAAGACGAGUAUCAAUUCCAGGUGUUGUCACCCCCGGGAUCAGGUCUGCUACAGAACAGAAAGGAGAUGCGCAAGUACCUAUGGCGUGGCACGUAGUACCCAAGAAUUUUGCGACACCGCCCUCUGAUGCUGCUUACAAAGUUUCACUGAUGCCAGAGAUCCCCAAGACUAACAUGGCUCAGGAAGAUGGGUGUAGUGAGCCCCUUGCGCGUGGAAUUGUUGCGAAGACAGAUCGGUCGCUUGAACAAGACAUAGUAGCAACGCGAAAACAGAGUGAUGAGCCAAUACUGAGUACGGCCUCAAAGUCUACUUCAGAGAAGCUCAGUGUACUUCCAGAGGAUGACAUUGACUUUCUCAGUGCAGCUGAUAUUCGAGCAUCGAUGGCUGGAAAGAGAGCUUCCGUCAAGGGCGAUAUUGGAAAGCAGGCGAAGCUUCAAGCCUUGGAGGAACGCUUUCUACAUAACCAUCAGAAUGUUCAAGAUAUUGACUCUAUGGUCGAGUCGAAGACGAUCAAUGACCAACUUGUGCGUCGCACUGAGCGACAUAUGCGACAGCUACAAGAGGAGCCAGAGGCAGCGAACCCUGAGCCGGAAGGGAGGCCUGCACAUCCGAUCGCUGCUGAACCGCAUGAGCUUGAGUCGAGCGUAGGUCGAAUGAAACGAUGGCUCGAAGAAGGCGGCGCGACGCUCUCGAAGCACUUCUGGCAAGACCCAACUCCGGAAGGGGCGAGCGAGCUGGCAUUAAGCAAGGCGUAUUUCGACAAAAUCCUGGCUCGUAUUCAGAAAGGCCGAAGUGCAACAAAACACAUUGCAGAAGAUCUGGAACGCGACGUUCCGGCGUGCAAACAGCUAUUGAAACGCCUGAAAGACGACGAGGAAAUGCUUGAUCAAUCCACCUCAAUACUCCGUCGCCGUUCUAUGGAAGCGACAACGCAUGCAUCGACGCCCGUCAAACUCAAAGACAUGCAGACACUCCGUUGGAAGUUUGAACGAACAGAACACGAGCUCAGCGUCGCGUACACGGAGCUUAGUGAACUCGAGAAAACGGGAAGUAUGGACAAAGUCGGCGAGCUGUUCAAAAGACGACUUCGACAGGCAGCUACCGUGUGCCACAAGAAUUCAAAACUGACAAGAAGUCUCCUUUGGAGUUUGCAGGGUCGUCUUGAGGAUAGCAAAGUUCAAAGCCAUGUGCAGGCAUACUACAGGAUCAUCACCCAUCGUUUGCUCACAUUAAGAGAUACACAGCUCGCGCUUGCACAAUUGGUAGAUCGUGCUAUGCAGUUGUAUGGUGUGACGCUUGCAGCUCCGGGGGAAGAACAUCGGGAGACAGCUCAAAGCCCGAAGACCGAAGACCUUGAACCUCCUGUUCCCUCAAAUACACUUUCUGGAAGGCAGUUGAUAUCCACUUCCGCCGAUACCCCUCCAUCAAAAUUUGUUCUGGAUGCUGCCGCCGACGCACAUCUUGCGGGUGAAGUCCAGGCACAGAAAUUCGCAAUGCAAGGACUAUCCGAUGAUGGUUAUUCCCGAGCACCAAAAGUACCUCCAAAGAGGAUAUUCGACGAGCCAAGUCCUUUGGCUAAUAGUUUGUUCCGGCCCUUUGGGUUACAGUUACAGAGUCUGGGCCAGGAUGCCGAUGUCGACCCUGAGGUAGAGAGGCUGAAGGAAAAUGCCAAGAGGAAGCUUGGGGAAAGCAAGUUGGUGAACGAAGUGAGGAAGGCGUAUGAGGAUGUGUAUGGUCCAAUCACCGUGGAUCACAAACAAGUAGCGGUUGAGUGUGAGGAUGCACAAUCGGAGGAAAGUGAAAAACAAAACCCCGGUUCAAGUCUCGAAAGCACAUUAGUAAACCAGGAACCGGUAGUUCAGGUGUUUCCACUGUCGCAAAGCCACGACAUAUCAGUACCAGCAAAGACUCCUACCGACCUUGACAGCACGUUGAACAUUACUACAACGUCUCGGACGGACAACACGGCUGUGGAAGCAUCCGCUUCUACAACACCGUCGGAAAACUCAUCGCCUUCAAUCACUACUCAAUCCUCUCUCUCAGACACUGGAUCGAGCACCCCUUCGCCGACUAACCUUCACACACAUUACACAAUUCUUAUUCACAACCCGCAAACCGACACCUUAACGAUAACGAGAUCCACCACCUCUUCAUCACACGACCCCUCCCCCAUAAUUCCUAUCCACCAAGCCCUCUCCACUCUCGACUCCCCCGCAAAAUUCAUCCCACAUAUCGUCCCCAGCCUCGAGAUCGUCACCGCGAAACGCGAUAUGUUGGUUUUACGCGAUUGUGGUGCCGAGACGAAAUCGUUCUCAACCACAUCAACGUCCACAAAUUCUAAAACGGAAGACACAGGUACUGAGAGAAUGAACUUCGGCCCUAACAAAGAUCUGCAGCAAUUCUUCCGUGGGAAGUAUACGGAUGUUGACUACGACGAGUAUUCCAAGAAAUGGAAGCAGAUGGAUGAUGAAGUGAGGAAAAGGAGAGUAGGUGGUGUGUUCAAGGCAGCGAUCUAUGUGACGGCUACGUGUUACGUUGUUGGUGUUUUGGGAGAGCUUUAUAAGUAA